AUGACGGAGUAUCUGCGGCUCAUGAAGGAAGUGCUGAAGCCAGAUAGCUAUGGUCGGUAUGACAUUCCCCUGCCCGAAAUUCGUAGCAUUGAGGAUUCGGAGGAGGAAGAUGACGAUCCUGAGGAGACUGAGGAAAACGGUACCCUCAAGAAACGCCCAAUCUGGCACGAUGCAGAGCAGUCAGACAGCAAACGCCAGAAGACUACAGAGUUAGAGUCGUGUGAUGAGGACGACAACCCUGAACAGCACCCAGAGGAAUUGCAUCCAACUCCUCCCACUCCAGAACCGAGCCUCGACAAGGACAAGCAGGACCUGGAAGCGCCGCAACUGGAGGAGGACCAGGAUAUGCCCGCUCCGGACAAGGAAAAAGCAGUCUGUAUAAGUACCAAUCCAAAUCCAGCCGGGUCACAACUCACCCUGGCGCCACCCCAAAUGUCGGCUCUCCCAGCGCGUCGGUCGAUACUCAACCUUUACUCAUCCAUGCUACGUGUAUCGCGUAGCUUCAGCUCCUACAACUUUCGCAACUAUUUUGUGGAUCGCACGAAGGACAAGUUCAGACUAAUUCAGAAUGAGAAAGACUCCGCUCGAGUGCAGACCAUGUAUGACGACGCCGUCGCAGAGCUCGCUGUCUUACGAAGAAGUGCCGCUGUGAACCGAAUGUACGGCGGGUGGCGACUGGCAGUGGAGCCAAAGAAAACUCCACAACACAUUGAGAGCAUAUAG